GACAAGAAAAGAAUUUUUUUUAUACAUCGGUACAAAAGAUUAUUAACUUUUAAAGUAUAAAAAUAUUUUCUACGUAAAAUCCAAAUAAAUAUAAUAUAUACACUACUUAUGUAUACAUAGAUGGAUUAAGUGAAAAAUGUUUGCGAAAAGUAUCGUGAUUGAAACAUUGCUUUAUGUUAUUUGUUCAGUAUAUUGUGUUCAUCAUAAUAACACUACAGAGUUGAGCGAACAAUUUAUACAAAAAUAUUGUUGCUCUGAUAAUGUCGAUAAAGACAAUGAGAAUCCUUGUAAUUUCAAUUGUACCUUGAUGAUAAUUUCACAGAAUAUACUUGGUAACAUAUCUGAUGUACCCUGUUGUUCAUCUUACACUGAAAAUUUUACAUUCGAAGCAACGAGCACAUUGAAACAAAUAGAAAUCAAGCAAGAACGUGAAAAUACCAACGCAAAAAUACAUAAAAGAUAUUUCUAUUGCAUUUCUAAUGAACAGAUUACUCAAACUUGGAAUUGUAAUGAGAAUGACUAUGUUAAAAAUUCCCUAUCGAACCGUUUAAAAACAAUACGAUGACAAUACAUUGUGACAAUAUAUUUUCCUCUUUGAAUUUUUGGGGUGUUAAUAUGGUGAUUUUUGCAAACAUUAUUUACAUUAUUCCCUAUUUCAUAGUCGUACUUAUCUAUUAUAUUAUUCCAGAUGUAGGUACGCGAGCUUACCACAAAGCUGUGAUAUCUUAUAAUGUUACACAAAUUGUCUUAAAUAUAAUUAUAAUUGCGAUAGGUACGUGUGUCUUAUGUCAUAUCUCUAUUCAUUCCAACGUUUACGUGAUUUUGGGUUUGAUACUCAUGUUCCUCACCAUAUUCUCGACAUCUUGGCUUUUCGUCAUUUGCAUUGACAUGACGUUGGUAAUCACGCGAUUCCGUUCUACAUUACCGACCGAUACGAAUCAACAACGAGAAAGAAAGAAAUUUUUAAUCUAUGCCAUUUGUACUUGGACUAGUUCGUUGUUACCGACACUUUUGGCUUGCGUCGCCGAUUUGACAACGUUGCUUCCAAUAUCUUCACCCAUCAGGCCGAAUUUCCAACGAUUUAACGAUGGUGUUAAUUUGACCGCUAUUCUUUACGUAACGAUAUUUCCAGCUCUAACUUGUUUCGUGAAUACCAUACUUUUUUUCUACACAUCUUAUAAGAUGAUUUUGAUACGAAAAUCAACGUCUUUUGCGACCGAAAACAGUGAUAUAACAAAGAUCAAUAAGGCGAAGAAACAAUAUAUUGUUUAUCUCAAAUUAUAUCUCUUGAUGGAUUCACCCUGGAUCACCAGCGGUCUUGCUGCUGCUUUUAACGAAUUAUGGAUAUUAAAAUUUUUACGAAUGAUCCAACCGAUGCUCAUGUUAUUGGUAAUUUUACCUCCGGGGACGAUAUCGAAACUUUUCAAGCGCAAUUAUAUGCUUCCUAAAUGAAAUUGAAUAUAAGGAUA